UGUGAUUGGCUGACGGUCACUGUUAUGAAACCCCAUUGGACAGACCGACACACGCCUUUUAUCCACCGACAGAGCACAACAAGGUUAUCCAUGUGUGUCUGACUGCGUCAACGAUUAAACAAUGCUGACUGCACAGAGGGCAUGUGCAGCACUGGCUGCCCGCCGCCUGCUCAGAGCUUCAGCCUCCUCGUCACACGCACGCUCUCUGAUCCACACCUCAGUUCCCUGCCAGGACCAGGCUGAGCUCCAUGCCGAAUGGGCCAGCCUGGCAAAGAAGCAGCUGAAGGGGAAGGACCCCGAGGAUCUGAUCUGGCGCACACCCGAAGGACUCAAUAUCAAGCCCGUGUACACACAAGCAGACUCGCUGGGCCGCGCUGAUGAGUUGCCAGGAGUGUUUCCUUACACUAGAGGGCCCUAUCCUACCAUGUACACUUACAGACCCUGGACUAUCAGGCAGUAUGCUGGCUUCAGCACAGUGGAGGAGAGCAACAAGUUUUAUAAAGACAACAUUAAAGCGGGCCAGCAGGGCCUCUCAGUGGCCUUUGACCUCCCGACACACCGAGGUUACGACUCAGACAACCCCAGAGUCCACGGAGAUGUCGGCAUGGCCGGCGUGGCCAUCGACACGGUUGAGGACAUGAAGAUGCUCUUCGAUGGAAUCCCCCUGGAGAAGAUGUCCGUUUCCAUGACGAUGAAUGGAGCGGUGAUCCCCGUGCUGGCGAUGUUUAUUGUCACCGGGGAGGAGCAGGGAGUGCCUAAAGCCAAACUAACCGGUACGAUCCAAAAUGAUAUCCUGAAGGAGUUCAUGGUACGCAACACUUACAUCUUCCCUCCGGAGCCGUCCAUGCACGCCAUCGCUGACAUCUUCGCCUAUACCUCCAAGCACAUGCCCAAGUUCAACUCCAUAUCGAUCAGUGGCUACCAUCUUCAGGAGGCCGGAGCCGAUGCUAUCUUGGAAGUCGCCUACACCAUCGCCAACGGCCUGGAGUACUGCCGCACGGGCCUGAAGGCAGGAUUAACCAUCGACGAGUUCGCUCCAAGGUUGUCGUUCUUCUGGGGAAUCGGGAUGAAUUUCUACAUGGAGAUUGCCAAGCUGAGAGCGGCCAGGAGAUUAUGGGCCACUCUCAUUCAGGAGAACUUCCAGCCCAAAAACGCCAAGUCCCUCCUCCUGCGCACGCACUGCCAGACCUCCGGCUGGUCUCUCACUGAACAAGAUCCGUACAACAACGUGGUCCGCACGGUGAUCGAAGCCAUGGCGGCCGUGUUCGGCGGCACCCAGUCGCUGCACACCAACUCCUUCGACGAAGCCCUGGGCCUGCCCACCGUGAAGAGCGCCCGCAUCGCCAGGAACACGCAGAUCAUCAUCCAGGAGGAGUCGGGCAUCCCCAAGGUGGCCGACCCCUGGGGGGGGUCGCACAUGAUGGAGGCGCUCACCGACGACGUCUAUAAUAAAGCUCUGACGUUCAUUAAAGACAUCGAGGAGAUGGGCGGCAUGGCCAAGGCGGUGUCAGAGGGAAUUCCAAAACUUCGUAUUGAGGAAUGCGCUGCACGGAGACAGGCCCGUAUUGACUCAGGAUCAGAAGUCAUUGUUGGAGUGAACAAGUACCGUCUGGAGAAAGAGGAGAGCGUGGAGGUGCUGGCCAUAGAUAACACCGUCGUGCGUCAGAAACAGAUUGAAAAGCUGAAAAAGGUGAGGGAGAGCCGUGACCCGGAGACUGCGAAGAAGUGCCUGGCGGCCAUCGAGGAGUGCGCCCGCACCAGGGAGGGCAAUCUCCUGGCCCUGGCGGUGGAGGCCGCUCGAGCCAGAUGCUCGGUGGGUGAAAUAACCGACGCCAUGAAGACGGUGUUUGGGGAGCACAAGGCCAGCACCCGGAUGGUGAGCGGCGCUUAUCGCAGCGAGUUCGGAGAGCAUGAGGAGAUCGCGAUGGCCCUCAACAGAGUCGCAGACUUCAAGACGCACGAGGGCAGAAAUCCUCGACUGCUGGUGGCCAAAAUGGGGCAGGACGGCCACGACAGGGGAGCCAAAGUCAUCGCCACCGGGUUUGCCGACCUGGGCUUCGACGUGGACAUCGGACCGCUGUUCCAGACCCCCCUGGAGGUGGCCCAGCAGGCGGUGGACGCGGACGUCCACUGCGUCGGGGUCAGCACGCUGGCGGCGGGACACAAGACGCUGGUCCCCGAGCUCAUCAAGGAGCUGCGCAAGCUGAACCGGCCGGAUAUCCUCGUCAUCUGCGGAGGCGUCAUCCCACCACAGGACUACGAGUUCCUGUACCAGAGCGGCGUGUGCGCCAUCUUCGGCCCUGGAACCAGGAUCCCAAACGCCGCCGUCGAGGUGAUCGACAACAUCGAGAAGAGCCUGGAAAACCAGCGGCAGGCCAUGUGAACGCAGGGAAAACUAGAACUGUAACAAGUCAGAGUCCACACUUCUGCACGGGAUCUGCUGGAACGAUGGUGAUGAAUCGACUGUCCAUCUGAUUGAACUUCACUUACUAAUCCUUCAUUUGGUUUUUAUUGCAUCAACUGUCAGAUGAAGUCCUGUAAAUAACCCACCAAUAACAGAAUAUACAAAUCUGCGAUUCUAUUUCAACACUUCUGACAUAAAUACUGCAAGAAAGUCAUCAACCUCACUGUUUGUGCUCAGAUUGAGAUUAGUUUGUUCCAGCAUAUUAUUUUUCCACACAAUAAACCUGGUCUGAGUGUCUUUUCUCA